CUGCAUUUCAUGCUUUCUUUGCAGCACUGAAAUUCUGUAUUAGAGGAGGCAAAUGAAGAAAAGAAUCGGUGCAAGGUUCCGUACGUUUCUUUCAUGCACUGGUGCAUCUGGUGCUAACUCCGCUGUCAUCCCAAGCAGCAUAGACGUCUGUGAAGAAUAUGCCAAUGCCUUCCGAACGGAAUCAUACAACGAUUUCUGGACACGUGUCCUUGCUCUAUCCCAUAUAGAUUCUGCCACGUGUAUUAGCCCAAUUGAUUCAACCACUGCAGCUCGGCUUUCUUCUUAUCGGCUCUUUGCUGAGCAUCUCUUGGAUCCAGACCAAACCACUGUCUCUCGCAUCCUUACUUUGAUCCAAAACCGACGCACCACCCACUCUCUUUUAUUGGACUAUUUUUCUCAAACUGCCAAUGCUUCUCUCUUAUGUGGCCUACUACUAAAAGAUAUCGACCAUACACGUGUCAAGUACCGCUCUUUUAGGACCUCAUUUCAAGCCCUUGAGAUUGCUCAAUUUUCAAAUAGAAAUCAAUUUUUGGGUAUUAUAACCCGGUUAAUUGAAUUCUCCAAUUCCCCUAACCCAUUUUUAUCAACUGCUCCAUCUUCAAGCCGGGUUCGGGUCAUUCAAGCCAGUUGCUGUGAUUUGCUUAAACGGCUUGAGUCUAGUCGCCACAAGGCUCGAGCCAAGCUCCAUUUAAUAAACAGUCUACAACAUGGCUCGGGCGUAUUUCUAGUAGCAUUAACGGCUUCACUAACAAUAAUAGUUGCAUCCCAUGCUCUGGCAUUGCUCGUGACUGCGCCGGGUCUUAUAGCAGCUUCUCUUGAGCUGGCUUCGAUGAGAAGGCUUGCAAGGGAGUCGGCUCAACUCGACGCAGCUGCCAAGGGGACUUAUAUAUUGAAUAGAGACUUGGACACAAUAAGCCGGCUGGUAGCUCGGUUAAAUGAUGAACUUGACGACAUGCGUGCGAUGGUCAAGUUUUGGCUUGACCGUGGUGAAGAUCGACUCCAAGCCAGUGGUGAAGUGGCACGCCAGCUGAAGAAGAAUGAUGCUAACUUUACUCAGCAGCUUGAUGAGUUAGAGGAGCAUCUGUAUCUGUGUUUCAUGACCAUAAAUAGGGCUAGAAACCUAGUUGUGAGAGAGAUUCUGGAUCGGGGUCCACCCACCACCCGGACUCCUGAUCUGGUAUCAAGAUAA